CACCGUGCUUAUAUAGCCAGUCCCACUGAUUCAGGGCUGGCUGCGGAGACAGUGUUUCUUCCAAGCCAAAACACUAGGCAGGUUGACGCAGCUAUCAAUGUGAAUAGCAACCUUUCGGUAACAAGCAAUGAUGCCUGGCACUGACCGCACAAUAAAGGCACUCUCGACAGAAACCUGCGGUUGUCCUAGGCUUCUGGUAUUGUUUAUCAAGCUUGAAAAGUCAAAAGAAUCGGCAUUCAACCAGAAAGUAUCGAUUUCUCUAGAGCAAGCCGAAACAAUAUUUAGCCAGUUCGACAUCCAUGGCGGAUUCAUGGGGGACCUCAUUGGCCGACCUGACUACUGGUCGGCUAUCAACAGAUGCAAAAGCGAGGGCGACAAGGUGGAUGACGUGUUUGAGUUCUUCUGCCAGCAUCCGCGGUGGGCGCAAUCCUCGCGUUACGAGAAAGGCCUACCGCACGCUUUGCAAGGUCACCGGGCCCCGUGCUCCGUCUAUAUGCAUCACUCAAAGGCUCGGAAUCUGACCUUGUACAUGAUUGCUGCCUCUGAAGCCGAAGACUGGUUUCCUUCGCUACGACAAAGAAUCGGUAUCAACACUGACAGUCCAGAUCGGAUUCCUCAGCAAGUCUCGACGGCGUUGGCCCUCAGUCCCUUCAUGAUCCAUGCUAUCAUGUCCGUCAUCGCCUUUGAGCAGUCAAUCGAUUACGUUGCGAGUGUGCGAGAUAAGUUGAUGACGCAGAUCAAACACGUGAACGAUUACUCGACCGACAAAGGGCCUCAUAAUACCAAGCUCCGAAGAAGUGAGAUGGAGGGCCGAAUUCGACUUGAAAACAUCACCAAGGAGCUACAUCUUGUGUCUCAGACCGCCGACUCUGGCAUCGCGGGCAGUCACAUGUCCAUCAAAAUCGCCGAAAAGAUGCUAGAAGCUCACUCGAUGCACAUUAUGCCGACAACGACCAAGGAACCACGACAACAAGAGAGUCCGGCAGCUGCGGCCGCCUUCAUCCGUGAUACACAUGGUAUGCUCCAGUACGUGCGGGACUCGUUCUACAGCCAAAAGGACUGGCUCACGAGCUACAAAGCCCGGAAGGACACUGCGAUGAACUUUGUCUUCAACAUGGUCACGCAGCAAGACAGCGCCACAAACGUAGACAUCUCGUAUAAGAUGUCAAACGACAGCUCUUCCAUGAAUGCAGUCACGAUCCUCACCUUGAUCUUUCUCCCUGGGACUUUUCUCUCGGUAAGCAACAACCAUCCAAGUUAAGACAAUAAGAAAGCGCGAAAAAGAAAAGGCAUGUUGCAUUCUUAAUUUUUUUUUUAACUGCCAGGCAGACUGUCUUCUCAAGCGUAGCAUUUUCGACAUCUGAUUCGGGCGCGGCGCAGACCACCGAGUGGUUGCUUCCCUUUGUUAUCGCCGGUGCCAUCCUGACCCUCUUCUGUCUGUCAGUGUGGUACUUUCGAAAUCGCCUUGCGGUCUGGCG